AGCUAUCCCUGUAACAGAUUUCACUUGAGGCCAGCAACAAUUGCAGUCAGGCAAAAAGUGGAGCGGCUGCAAAGCAUUCAACAACAGGAUGUGAAGUUAGAACCCCUUUGGAACAAGCCUCCAGCCAAAACAUGAAGAUCACCCUUUUUGAGGACAGAAACUUCCAGGGCCGCUCCGUUGAGUGCAGCAGUGACCGGCCGGAUUUUCAAAGUCAGCUCAGCCGCUGUAACUCCGCCCGCGUGGAAAGUGGCUGCUUCAUGCUCUAUGAACGUCCCAACUUCCAGGGACAGCAGUUCUUUCUGAAACGGGGGGAUUAUCCUGACAUGCAGUCUGAGGGUUUCAGCACCUCCAUUAAGUCCUGCCGGAUGAUCCCACCUCACAGGGGCACCUACAGGAUAAAGAUCUAUGAGAAGGAGGAUCACAGAGGCAACAUGGUAGAGUUAACCGAGGACUCUCCGCAAGUCAUGGACCAGCUACGUUCCCCUGAGAUGCUCUCUUGUUCUGUGCUGGAGGGGCACUGGAUCUUUUACGAAUUGCCGAAUUACAGAGGCCACCAGUACCUGCUGAGGCCAGGGGAGUACAGGAGAUUCAGCGAGUGGGGCGCUAUGAGUGGCAGAGUCGGCUCUUUGAGACGUGCCACUGAUCUCUACUGAAUCAAGACGCCUUUUGCCUGGAAGGGUCUCAAUGAAUAAAAUGCUUUAGCAACCAUUGUGCUCUCAGCGUGCUGUUGUAAGUGUACU